AGCGCACUUCACUCCGUCAAUAACGCCUAGGUUCUUAGCUACUCUGGAGAGAUUUGGGACUAUUAUUUAUAGCUGACAGCUGGACACUUUUGCAACAAUUCUGCCUAAGGAGUUUCUGUUCCUUGCCUCUACCUUCCAUACUAGAGGUGUAAAAGUAAAAAAAAAGUUUUUUUUUUUUGUAAAUCAUGGAAAAUACUGGCCUUUUUACAACCUCAUUAGGUCUACAAUUUGUUUUGUUGAACAUGAAGGUUUUUAUAAUUAUGUGUGAUGCUUCUGUGAUAUUACUUGUACAGUCACGUCUGAAAAUAUCGACACGAUCGAAAUGCCAAAAAUAUAUAUACACGACUUUAUGGCCCAUAUAUUAGGGUAGUGUAUACAUAUUUUUGGCAUUUCGAUCGUGUCGAUAUUUUAGACGUGACCAUAUCUAAAUAUUGGUGGUUGAUAUUUUUUUACUAAAUGGAAUUUAGAACUAGGUAGAUAUAUUUUAUGAAAGUGAUUAACAGAUAUGUGAUAUAUAUAAAUAACUUAUACAGGAUGUAACAAAAAUAGUGGGGAUUCGUGUAGGGCAUAUUUGGUAUCGUGUUGGAGGAGAAAGUACUUACCUAGAAGAUUUUUUUUUUUUGACGCAAUACAUUUAUGGGCUUUGUAUGGAGGGUUAGCCAAAAAAAACCAGAACAAAAAGGAAAAAAUUCCAAACGGCUCGUUUUUUUUUUCAAGUUUCUUUCGAAAAAAAAACAAUGCAAAUGUCAGUUACAAUACUUCAGAAAAACACAAAUAAAGCUGGAAAAAAAAACAAGUUAUUAUUUAAAUCUUUCAAUAUGUACAUAAUUAGGAAUUUAAACAGGUAGGUUGCACGUCUAUCUGUCUCAGUUUCUGGCAUUGUAUGCAGAAAAACACGAAAUUUGGUAGUUCUCGAAAAAAAAAAAUAAGUAGAUUUUUUUUCCGGAAUUUUCAUACCUAGGCCUACCUGGAAGACCUGUCCAAUAGAAAAAAAUAUUUUUUCGUGUGAAAAAUAUUUUUCUUUAUUUUUCCUAUUCAGAACAUGAUACCGAAUAUGCCCUUAAAUUGAUCCCCACUAUUUUUGUGACACAUUGUAUUGAAAAAGUUAUGGCAGCAUAAAAUGACUUGCAUUGCAUAUAAAAAUAAAAUCAAUUUAAAUUUUAGCCAUAAAAUUUGUGAUACGAAUCAUAAAAAAAUAUAAUUUAAAUAUUUUAUCAUAUUGUACCAAAGACUGCGUGUGUAUUUAUUUAAAUUAUUUUCAAUACAAAUAUGAUGCGCUGUGCAAUAUUAUUAUUUUUAAUAUAUUUCGAUAUAUCCGAAAGCAAAUUAUGGUCGAAAGGAGUCGUACAUUACGCCAUCAACCCGAAAGAUUAUGACAUCCACUCCCAAGACGAGAUAAUGUCGGCCUUCUCCGCCUUGGAGAAGGAGAUCUGCGUCAAAUUCUUCAGCACCCCCCUGAACUUCUCCACCAGCGAGACGCGGAAGGUGCUGUACAUCAGCAACCCUGACAAGCAGAAGAGCUGUCCGCCGAUGCGGUACAACUAUAACGGCAGUGUUGUGGACAUGCCGAUCGGGUACAAGUGUAUAAGCAAGAAUGAUAUAGCGAGGAUCACCAUUGGAAUGUUGAGAGCCAGUAUCGAUCAGUCGUCGCCUCCUAUAAAUAGUUACGAUUUGGUUAAAAGGUUUGAGGAACAGGACCAAAAUAACCCCCGCCCCACGUUCCUAACCACGGCAGACCGCAAUUUUAUCAACGCGCACUACCAUGACGAGUGUGCCUCGCUCUCGCAGCGCGCGAGUGUUUUCUCGGCGCGCCGCGACCUCGACGAUCGAGGCGUCUCGCUCGGGGACCAGAACUCGGCCUGGUACACCGAGCGGGUGUGGCCGCUGGCGGUCGUUAUGUACUCCGUCCAGGACACACUGCGUGACUCGGAAGACUACAAGCUCCUCAAGUUCGCAAUGACGCAGAUCGAGCUGGUCACGUGCGUGAUGUUCCAUGAGUUGGGCCCUGACGACAAGUUCACGCCCGCCAACCAGCUGCUUUUUAAAGGGGAGGGGGAGGAUGAGCCGGAACUCGGCUUCAAACAUGGAGAUCAGGUGAUCAACCUGAAAGCCAUGACGCACGGAGCGCCGGGGCACUCGGCGCACGCCCUCAACAACUUAAUGCGUGCUCUGGGCAUCCCCAUGAUGUCCAAUCGCUAUGACCGCGACAACUAUCUCAACGUUCAGUGGUCACAUGUGCAAAAAGGCAAAGAGCGGCUCCUAGAAAAGAGUCCUAAAGAGGCGUGGGUGGUCGGCAUCCCGUACGACUUCAGCAGCGCCACUCAUGCACCAGCCAACUAUCUGUGCGAAAACUGCCCUCCCGGAGCGAGCACUGUGCAACCGCUACAGGAUUCAAUGUGGCGCCGCUGGCUAAGCAUGGGCCACAACAACAAGCUGUCGGAGAGCGACGCCAUCUUGGUCAACCUGGUGUACUCGGCGCAGUGCAAGGCGCGCGAGCAAAGCGGACACACUUAUUAAACGAAUUGAGCAUUA